AGUGUAGCAGGAGUACCUCAAGGUGAGUGUGGGGAUUUGAUGAGUCAAUGUAUAUAAAGAGCUUAGAACAGUGCCAGGUACAGAGAAAGCAGAAAAUCUCUUCCCUAUUAGGAACAUGUUAUUGUUUCUUUGCUGUUACUACUAUUAUUGCCUAACUGAGCCCUCCCCCCCCCCCCGCCCCCAUUUCAUCUCUUUCCCUUUGUUGCCUCAGUAGAGGGCGAGGCAGGGACCCAGCAGGGCAUUGUGGGGAAUGAUGGUCUUGAGGCUCGCCUCCCUUGGGCCUGGAGGAGGCCUCAGAGCUGACUCACCCCCAGGGGGAGGAGAGUUGUUCUCUGAGUCACUUCCCGUCCCCUCACAGCCCUCCACCCCAAUCCGGGUGCAGCCCCCACUGGCACAGACAUGGAACUGGGCCCUCUUUGGCUUCCCCAGGGCUCCGGCCCGAGGCUGGUGGGCUCUGCCUUCUCUGGGCCUCAGGAGCCCCAUGCAAACUGGCCCAAUCAAGUGUGCCACCUGAAGUGACAUAAUAGGGCUUCCUUUGGCAGAGGAGACAGUCUUGGCCCUCCCAAGGAUUCCUUCUUGAGUAUUGCAGUCUUCUCAUUUGUAAAAUGGGGAUUAAAGAGUUCCUCCCUGUGCCCUCCCUGUGGUGGUGGUUGGGGGAGUGGGUGGAUGUCCAGAGACUUACAGAAGUACAGUGCCUGGAACUGCAAAAUUCUGGUUAUUCUUAUUCCUCUCGCCGUUGUUACUAAUGUUCACAGCUUGCAGAGUUUCUGUCUGCCCUCUCAGACGGUAAGAACUCCCACUGACCUGGCCUGGAGGGUGAGACUCCUCUCACUUGGCACAAUGGAGAACCAGAGGGGUCCAAGCAACCUGCUCAGGGACACACAGGUAGAAAGGGGUGGCACGAAGGCUUGGUCUAGAGGGAAAGUGCCCGGGUCAGACUCCUCAGGGUGACUUUGGGCCAACUGGCUCAGCCUGUCCCAGCCUCAGUAUUCCAUUAGUCAAAUGCAGAUAAUAAUAGAGUUCACCUCACAGGGGUUGUUGAGAAGAUUAAAAUGGGUUAAUUAAUACCAGGAACAACACUUUCUCGUGCCUGGCACAGUCAACAUUAUCGCGGGCACUGAGGCUGUGGGGGAGGGGGCCCCAGUUUUGCCCAUCUCCAAGAUGGGUGCCCUUGCCGGUGCCAGAGGUGCGGCUGCGGCCAGUGUGGCUGUUGUGGGGCGCGGCCCCGGCUCGCGGGAGAGCUUCCUGGGGGUAGAACUGGGUCUCUGCGACGAGCUGAGCCCUUUGCCCGGGCGCCCGGGCUCAGGUUCCCGCCCCUGCCUGGCUUUCUUUCUUCCCCUCCGGGUGAUACCUGGGCCGGCGGGUUCACCUGCUGGGGACCGGCCGCCGGAAGUUGCGCAAACGCGUGUUACCUGAGCGCCAGGUGGGCCGGGCCGGGCCGGAGGAGCGCUCCGUAGCCGCGCGCGCGCAGCCAGCAGUUGCCAGCAUCCAGCUACCUACUUUCUGGAUCUGUCUCCGCAUUUCUCCGGUCUCCUCAAACCAAAGCCCUUGGGGUAUGUAACAGCCAUGCCUGUGGACACACUGACUCCGGGAUCCCGGGACACAUCUGCCCUACCUUUCCGCCUGCGUACCAAAGUGCCUGGCUACCUGCUCCGGAGGCCAGCAGAUGGUGGAGCCCGGAAACCUAGUGCUGUGGAGCGCCUGGAGGCUGACAAGGCCAAGUACGUCAAGAGCCUGCACGUGGCCAACACCCGUCAGGAACCUGUGCAGCCCCUGCUGUCCAAGCAGCCCCUCUUCAGCCCUGGGACUCGCCGCAGCACAGUGCUCACACCUAGCCGCCGAGUACUGCCUGGCCCUGGCCGUCGGCCCCAGCUGGACCUGGACAUCCUUAGCAGCCUCAUCGACUUGUGUGAUAGCCCUGCGUCCCCUGCCGAGGCCAGCCGUACUCCUGGACGGACAGAAGGAGCCCAUCAGGAGCCCCCAGCCAACCCUCCACGCCCGCCACCCAGUACGGCUGCUGUCCGCCGAGUGGAUGUCCGUCCUCUCCCCGCCUCCCCUGCCCGGCCCUGCCCUUCGCCAGGCGCUGCCCCCUCCUCCAGCCCAGCCCGGCCCCCAGGUUUGCAGCGCUCCAAGUCCGAUUUGAGUGAGCGCUUCUCCAGAGCAGCGGCUGACCUGGAGCGAUUCUUUAACUUCUGCGGCCUGGACCCGGAGGAGGCACGGGGAUUGGGCGUGGCUCACCUGGCGAGGACCAGCUCAGACAUCGUCUCCCUGGCCGGGCCCAGUGCCGGGCCUGGCAGCUCAGAGGGGGACUGCUCCCGCCGUAGCUCUGCCACUGUUGAGGAGCGGUCCCGGGAGCGCGUCCCCUAUGGCGUGUCGGUGGUAGAGCGCAACGCGCGAGUGAUCAAGUGGCUGUACGGGUUGCGGCAGGCACGCGGUGCCCCCGCCGCAGAGGGCUAGGCCUCCACUGGACUCCGCAAUUGCACAGGACACAUCCAGGAGAGGCAGCUGGGCUCUCGACCUCUUCUGCAUCCAUUCCCUGUCUUGGGACAGACCAGAGGCUGGGCCGUAUCUGUCUGUCAAGGACUGACCCUGGAGAGGGUUGCCUGUUGACCUUGGGCUACCCCCUACCCCUCACUUGUAGGGGUUUUGACACAAGUCCUGCCUGGUUCUUCUUCUGAGUUUGGAUUUGGGGCACUUAGCCUUCUCCACUGAGAGUGAGGGGCACUGUCCACCGAGCGGUUCUGUUUCCUUCUUCCUUGGCCUCCAACCUUUGCUGACUUCUCUUCCUUUCCCAGCGGGCCCUGGUUCCCUGGGAACUCGCUCAGGGUGGGGGCAGGGCCUUGGCUGCCUGGCCUAGGUGGGUAGACUACAGGAGGGACUGGUAGGAGUCUGUACUGUUCUGACUUCCUCCCUUUGGUUAAUAAACACAAAUGCUUGUUUUUCAA